AUGGGGGGUGCAGAUGAUGCUGACUUUCUUCGAAUAAGGGAGAUACUAAAGGAACGCAUUCGAAAUGAGAAAAAGAAGGCGUUGGACUCUGCUAAUGACUGCUCGGUGGAUAAGAAGAAAAUACACAAGCACAGACCCUUCUUUGGCCCCUCGCAGCAUUGCAUUGCUCCAAGAUUGAUUGACGGAAAGGAUGCCUUAAUGCAAGAGCUCAAGAUUAGUUCACAUGAUGUGAUGAAGGUAGAGAUCUUUGACACAGUUACAGAAUCAGAGUCGUCUGAAUCAGAGACCGAGUCGGGUUCGGCAAACGUUGCAAAGCCCAAGGAGUCUCGGGAUUACUCUUUUUUGUCGAAAGAAGAUGAUAAAGUUGGUAAAGAUAUCUGUGUCUCGAAAUCAAGUAAUGAUGAACAAACUCCGGAUUCUAUACAAGGAGGUUCUACGAAUUUGAAGUCAGAUGAGCUAGGGAGACCUCCUCAGGUAACAAUGUCAGGAUCUCAGAAACCCUCCUCAGCAAAGGAAGGUCUUGUGCCCAGUGAUACACAAAAGAAAGCAAAGUCGAUGGCAGAUAAACUUAAAUCUACUAUGGAAAGCAAACCCUCAUUGGAAAAGUCACAAUCUGAAACAAAAGGUAGAUUAAGAAAAACAGUUGAGAAGGUUGAUGAUGAGGUUUCAGACGAGGAUGAAGAUGAGAACGAGGAUGAAGAUGAGGUUGACGUUUCUUCAAUCAUCCAAGGACUGUUUAGAAGUAUUCGUAAGAGGCCCUCAACUUUGGAUUAUGAUGAUAGAGAUGAUCGUGUGAUGGUAUCUAGCUUUGCUGAUAUUGAGAGAGAAGAGAGGAGAAGCGCAAAACUUGCAAGGCAGGAGGAUGAAAUAGAAGCUCUAAGAAUUGAACAAGAAGAAAAGAAGGAAAGGUUAAGCAGAGCAAAGAAGCAGAAGCUGCUGCAUAAAUCCACAACCGAGUGA